UCCAGCACGCCGCCCGCCGCCGCUGCCCGCCAUGUCGGCACUCCUCCAGCUGCUCGUCGUCGCCGCCGCAGCCUCCGCCAGCGUCGCCUGCCUUUCCGCCACUCUGUACGCAGGUGGUGUGUUCCUACCAGAGGCAGAUGAUGCGUGCCUGGGCUGCCUGUGUGAGGCGACUUCGGGCUGCAACAUGAGCGCCAUGUGCCUGCCACAGAGGACGCUGUGUGGUCCAUUCCUGGUCGCACCACAGUACUGGAGAGAUGCAGGAUCCCCACUGCUGCGUGGGGACUGGCCUACAAAUCCUGGUGCAUACUAUCGUUGCGUUACAGAUAUUUUCUGUGCUGCUGCUACUGUUAGAGGGUAUCUCAGUAGAUAUGCACAGGACUGCAACUGGGAUGGAAGAGUGGACUGUGAUGAUUAUGCUCGUAUACAUUACAUGGGUGGACAUCAGUGUACUCUGCCAGUGGAACAUCUAGGGUACUAUAAGGUGUUCAGGGAGUGCAUGGACAGUCUUCAGCAGCUCAACGGUUGAAAAGAAACUGUUGAUCACACUUAUUCUUGAUCAUUCUUACCCACCGACAUUUGUAUAAUAUUCUUUGUAAGGACUGUACUCUUCAGCUACUUUAUGAACAACUAGUGUAAGACAUUAGAGUGUAUGAGAGAGUGGCAAUUUCUGGAUGUGUCAUAAGAAAUAUAUAUGAAAACAAAUUAGAGGAAAAAAGUUUGAUUUAUUUUUGUGCAAAUAGGACAGUUUUGGAGUAAAUACUUAUCCCUUAACCUGUCUAAGUCUGUAAGGAAAUUGUACGUACUUGAAUUUUAAAAAUUUAACAUGAAUCUGUUAUUCUGGUUCUAGAAUAAUAAACUAGGAACACAAUAAUCAGGUUUUGUUUACACUGAAGUCAUUUGAUUUAUACUUAAGAAACAAUUAUGCAUACUAUGUCCCUGCAAAAGUUACAUUAACUAGUUGGUUUCAUGGAAGGGAUGCACUUUUAUUUGCAAAAUGAAUUUUCACUGAGUAUGUCCUGAUUUGAAACUUCCUGGCACAUUAAAACUGUGUGCCAGACAGCAGUUUGACCUGGAGACCUUUGCGUCACAUGAGCAAGUGAUCUACUGACUAAGCUAUCCAAGUAUGGCUCAUAACUCAUCCUCCCAGUGGAUCUGAUAGAUCAGACAGUAGAGCACUUGCCUGCAAAAGACAAAGGUCCCAUGUCUGAGUUAGCACACAGUUUUAUUUUCACAUACUGGUAGCCUAAAAUUUUGUUCACUGUCCAGGAAUGCAGGAGUGGAAGUGGAAUGAGUAAGACAAUGGCUUACUGUACAGCAAAGUCUUUGAAAAGUAGAUAAGCACACAAUCAAAACAUUGAACACUGUAGCCUACUUCAGUUUUCAAAUUUUAUAUUCUGAAAAGGAAUGUGGGUUUGAAAGGUAAAUUGUUGCUUUCAUCUUCUUUCCCUGUUCCUACCUAUUGCCAAACACCUUCCCUAUUCAGUGAGUGUUACCCUUGAAGAUACAAUUUCCUGUAUUCCAAAUUGAAAUAUAUAUUUUCUAUUUUAGGUAAAUAAGGAUACAGAAAUUUAUAGGCAACAAAGUACCAAGUUGAUGAUCUGAGUGAUGUGAGUAAAUCACCAAAUCCUAACAGAUGAAAGUGAAGCAAGACAGCCAGUCACUUGCAAUUGUGUGUUGGUGGUGCACAGAUACACACAGCAGCCCAAAAACUGUACUAGCUUUCCAGAAAGUUGUUACUCUUUUUAAUGCAAGCACACACUUGUACACACAAACACAGACACCCAGAAGCACAUUCCUGUGACGGAAUUGUGUCUUUGUUGUUUCCGUCUUGGAAUUGCCUGUAAAUUUUGCAUGUUCUUUCCAAUCAGACUAAAUAUUACAAGUUACAUUAUUACUCGGGGUAUUAUUUCUUUUGUAUGGUCCUGAAAACUGUGGUGAAGAUCAAUAAUCCUGUAUCAUUUCUG